AUGUCUCGUCCGCAACGGCAGGCCGUGAUCAGCGAGGCAAAGUGGGAACGGGUGAAGCCCUCCAUUCGACGACUGUAUCUACAAGAAGAUAUGGCGCUGAGCUUCGUAUUGACAGCACUCGAAACAUUGCACAAUCUUCACGCAAGCAAAGCUCAAUUGGAAUGGAAACUCAAGCAGUGGGGUAUGGUCAAGAACAUGAGCGCCCUGCAAUGGAAGUGCGUCGAUUUUCGGAUCCGCGAGCGACUGAGCCGAGGCAAAAAGACCAGUCUUUAUCUCUCUGGAAUUCCCCUCAGACCUGCGGCAGUGGAGAAAGCAAGAGCUCGGCACUGCCAUACAUCACUUGUUGAGAGGCUCAACCCAUCUUUGACUAUCAAUAUUCCCAUGCAAACCACCGAAUUCCCAUCUGCCACAAUUCUUGUAGGCAGAGAACUGGGUCGCAUUACCUCGCGGAGGACACAACUGCUGGAUAACACACCAACCCUUCAGCAAACCUUUCAUACCCUUUACCUUCUGAUGCCUGAGAGAACGACAGACAAUCAUGCGUUCAGAGCAACUAGUCUCAUUCAAAGCUCGCCUUCCGAGUGCGCAAGCCCCGACGCCUUAGAAGCCAUGUUCUUUCUUCUAUCCAACGGUUUCUGCAACUACUUAGACGAAGGACUUUACGACCGAGACAUGAUCAAUGAAGCAAUUUUGACAAUAUUCCGAAAUAUCCCUACCUGGAGACUAUUCGUAUCACGCCAAUCCAAUAGUCUUCCAAUCAGCCUCCAGGCUUUGUUAUGUCAGAUCUUCGAAAAAGCGGUUUUAGCUUCAGACCUUGCUACCAUCGAGUCCCUGGCCUUGGCCGGGACAGAUGUCAACCUUCCUCUGUACGCCCUACCUAUACCUACAUCCAUGAGGGCUCACGAUUGUUGUCUAAGAGCAAUCCAUUGGGCUGUCUAUACGCUCAAUAUCGCCAUGGUCGAGCUCCUGACGAAAUUCGGCGCGCGCAGCCAUUCAGUCGACCUUGAAAUGCUUCGGAUUGUUUGGAUGGGAACGCUCCGCCCAGCCCGAGUCGUUCGUGAAUCCCCACUCGGUACCAUGACGAGAUGGGUACUGUCUUUCUACCGAUACCAGGAAGAUGACGAGAUCGCGUCCCGCGUCCUUCUGAACGAACUUGGGUCAAGAGCUCACUCUUCUGCUACAGAGCUUGUCCUGGAAUUCUUUGAGUCGAAAUUCAAGAGUGCUACCUCAUUUGCUCAACUUCUCAUCACUGCUGUCAAAACUAGCAGUGAGUUCGUCUUUGAAUGGGCUACGAAGCACCGUGGCUGUCUCAACUACAUGAACUUCAUGGGAGAGUCGGUCCUAGGGGUCGCAGCUUCCAGGAACAACUAUUCAUUGUGCGAACAUCUUUUGGAGCUUGGGGCUUUACCAAACCCUGUCACCAAAUUCGGUUCUUCCGUUUUCACUACGCCACUUCAAUGCGCCGCGGCAAGUGCCGAUUCAAGACUCAUCAAACUCUUGCUAGACCACGGUGCCGAUGUCAACUUCUGCCAACCUUUUGCAGGAGAUUACGCUGGAGGCCCUCGCUGUUACCGAAGGCGUCAUGUCACAAUAUCGCGUGGCUAUUCCCAAGUGCUGCUUGUGGGCCAAUUGGGUAGGACUGCACUGCAAGCAGCAUUGUCUUGCGGCAGUGAAGAAAAUGCCUUGUUCCUGCUCUCUCGCGGAGCAAAGUUGCUCGGAGAAGAGCUAGUAAUUUCGAUCCGAACCCGCCUGGUCUCCGCAACACGGCAAAUACUUGCCCGUGGGCUUUCAUAUAAUGCACCAAGCCUUUCCGAUGAGCUGUCCCCUCUUGAAGCUGCGAUACUGGUCCGGAACUCUCGUUUGGCUCUAGAAAUAACAGCUUCACUAGACACAAACAAGUUUUCAACGAGGACAGUCUAUGCAGCUGUGUAUAUGGCAUUAUAUACAUUCAACAGGACCCUUCUUCACAAACUCUUAGAGCUGAGCAAAAUCGCCCACAUCUCGGCUAGCGAAGAACAUUGGCUGGGGACAGCGAUGUGCCUUGCAAUGAGACUUGGGAUUGAUGAUGUGGCUGAUCAAAUUCUGGAGACAGGAUUAUGCCCUCAUCAUUUGACUUACGCGUCUCUAAGAUGUGACUCCAUCAUCUUUGCACUUCAUUACAAACCCUAUGAGAUCUCAAAGCCUGUGCAGCGAUAUGAGGAGCAAUACCUUGAAGCGAUUGACGACACAGAACGGCAUUACCUAGAGAAGCAGCCGGCAACUUUUUAUGCUCUCUUAUCAUCACCCCAGUGCGUCACAAUGUUAUUGCGUCAUGGUCAUCGUUUCAAUACAGAUUGCUCUGUUGUGUCUGAGAAUUCACACGCCUUGGCGAUUCUCCCUCUCCUACAAGGAAGUGGAGCCAUGCUGGACAGGGUUCUUCUAACAAGAGCUAUUCUUGCGAAGUCUACCGCGGUCAUAGACUGGUACUUUGCAUCUGGAAUUGGAAUCAGCACCGUGCACUGGCCCGAGAGCGACAGAUUUUAUGGAACACCCCUCAGAGCUGCUGCCACUACCGGCAAUAUCAACCUCCUGGAGGCUCUUGUAGCCAUGGGUGCCGAUGUCAAUGAGUACCAUCGGGACUUUCACUGUUAUCCACCGUUGACAGAGGCAGCUAUGAGGGGUUUCUUUGGCGCUGUGAAAAGAUUGCUGGACUUAGAUGCAGAUCCAAACAUCCCAGGUGGAACAAUAUACACACGAACUGCGCUAGAAGGAGCGUCAGAGUAUGGUAGGCUGGACAUCGUACAGCUUCUCCUUGACUCCGGUGUCUCAACUGAAGGAAAUGGUCGUCUGCAGUACGUCAGGGCUGUCGUAUUGGCGCGGAGACGAGGGCGCCCCGCCGUUGAAAGGUUGUUGCGUAACUUCCGACGAUGGGAUAGAGCUGAUCAGGAGCUGUUUGACGAGGCGUACAACCACCGCGACCAUUUUUUUGAAGGACUUGUCAGAAUUGCUCGCGAUUCUUCAGAGAUUGAUGGAUAUCAAUACAGUCCUCGAUUUUAUGACGUGGAAGCCGAUUUGAUCAUGACGCCGGCAAGCGGAACUGGGUGGGAACCAGCGAAGCCCGAUGACCUGACCUUGCCGUCAGAGAUUGAAAAGUCGAUCCAAGACAGCAAGGCUGAUAACACAGAAAUGCUCUCCGGCGGAGGAACGCUGGACUUGCAAGGCAUUCCAGGCACUGGCUACUCAGACGUUAAUGGAGCGUUGUGCAGGGCUGAUAUUUGCAGUUUACACGAUGAUCAAUGUCGGGAGGGUAAUAGCGACGACUGGCUGGAGAAGUAUAUUCGUUUCCCAUCGGAGACACCUUCAUUUCAUUAG